CGUUUCGGCGACUUCGGGCAGAAAGUGUAUGGGGCAGCGAGUAUGACAGCUACUCCGGGAAUGGCUCCAGCGUCGUGGUCUCUGCAGAGUGUGAUCCUGAUCGUAGCACUUGUGUCAUGGCAAAGCGCAAGCGCGGAUCUGGACACAGCUGCCAUGAGCCAGAGCCUGGAGCCCCGGCAGGUGUACCCGUUCCGGCGGUAUGGAGACGUGACAUUGCUGCCAUUUGUCAUCGCGCAGGGCACACACUCGGCCACCUGGGCCUUCAAGGCCAAUAUCAGCAGCCACUGCAGGCCGGACAUCGUCCACCUGCACCUACAGUUUGGAGGGCUGCCCGUGUUGAGCCCUCUGAAUGCUUCUUUUCCUGACGACUUUGUCACCAAGCGGCAGCGGCUGCGCAGCCUCCAUUUUCCCACCGAUUCUGAGUUGCGCUUUGUCAACGUCAGCUCACCUGACCCCGGCCAGUGGUUCGCGGCAGCUUUCACGCUAGAUCAUCAGGAACGGAUUUUGCAGAAGGGCCUGUUCGCACCCUGUGAAGUGUACCUUUCAAGCUCGCUGACCCCAUACCUGCUGGAAGAGGUUGUUGACCUCCUGCCCGCCCAGGCCACCACACACCGCAUUGCCAAGCCGACAUACUUCAGAUUUGCAACCUCGCGGGAGAUGUGGAGCCUGGACUUCACCCUAUCCGAGUGUAAAUUUCAAGGCAAUGGCACUGCCGACUCAUGCCCGCUAAUAAUUAGUGCUACUGCCGAGGUUCCUCCCAUGCCACAAAGUGACGGAGUUGACAUUGAGGUGUCGCGACGAACUACCAUGGUUGACUGUUUGGAGAAUGGGACCUGCGGUGGCACCAUGAUUCCAGCUGUGGAUGCAUGGAACUACAUUCUAGUCCAACCGACUGUAGAUGAUGCUGUGGAGUUCAAAAUCCUUCUGUCCCCAUUUGACUGCAGGACAGCACAUGUGAGCCCUGCCGUCAAGAGCAGGAGGAAGGAGAACCUGGAAAUGCUGGAGAAGAUGCUCAGUGCCAAUGCAACGACACUCAGGACGGUUCUCCAGGAAUAUCUACGAGUACCCAAAUUUUCUGAUUCCUGCUGGCCGUCUCACGAGCUUGCGCAUGUGAACAUGCCCGGGACAUUUGAGUACGGAUACCGACUGGAUCCUGGCCCGGACGAGUCCAACUUCACGUCUGGCUUUAAUGUGAGCCUGCAUGAGCCAACGCUCAUCACAUUCCGAGUGUUUCCAGUCUUGGACUCUGGUGGAACACUGUCUAUCAAUUUGCAUCUCAUCAGCCCAGGCAAGGACGAGCACACGCCAACCAAUGUGAGCCUGCGGGCAGUGUUGGCAUACGGGUCACGACCUCCACUCAAGGAGGACCAAAAGUCGUGGGAGUGGGGCAAUGAGUUCCAAGUGAACACCAGCAGUGAUGACCACUCCAGGACAGUGCUGCACGUUCCGUUCCCAGAGUUUGGGCUCUGGUUCCUUGGGCUGUUGCCACUAUGCUAUCUCGAUGACGGUGGCAAUUCCAGCGAGCCAAACUGGGUUCCCUGCGAGAUGGAAUUGAUGCAAGUGGAACUCAGCAUCAACUCCACAGCCUGCCUGAACAACAAGUGCGGUCUCUUUGGUCGCUGCUUUCAGUACAUCAGCGGAGGGAUGAUCUUCAGCAGCUGUUACUGCACAUCCGGCUAUCGUGGCUGGGGGUGUACGGAUGGCCGGGAAGCCCGCCACUACACGUACAUGUUGACUGAAUUGCUACUGCUGACGCUCAGCAACCUCUUCUUCAUGCCUGCUGUGCUGCUGGCCUUGUACCGACGCCACUUCCUCGAGGGCCUGGUCUACCUCACCACCAUGUGUGCCUCCGCGUUAUACCACGCCUGCGAUGCGGACCUGUCCCCCAUCUGCGUGCUGAGGCCAAGCGUGCUUCAGUAUUGCGACUUCCUCACAGCCGUGGUGUCGCUCUGGGUUACUUUGCUCUGCCUGGCCGAGGUCUCAACACCACUGCGCACCCUGGUGUCGACCUUUGGCACCCUGUGCAUCGCCAUCGCUGUUGAGAAUGACCGCACAGGAUUUCUUGUCAUUGCUCUGCCAGCGGGCCUGGGCUUGACACUUGUGUUUGGCUCCUGGGUUAGGCAGUGCGCCACACGAAGGAGCUGCUUCCCACAUCCACGUUUCUGGCUGAUAAGCCUGGCACCCGCUGCUGCACUGGGUGUUGUAGGUGCGGCGCUCUAUUUGGGAUUUGAGACACGCCGCAAUUAUGCCUACGUGCACAGUGCAUGGCACGCUCUGGUUGGCCUCUCGCUCUUCCUGGUCCUGCCGCCAAAGCGGCGGUGCCAAUCAGCUGCCGAGAAGAAGGAAUCCGUGAACACAUGCAGUUACGUUAGGGUGGAGGAACUGAGUGACAUGAUGCCAACACCGGAGCUGCCGUCGGCACAUGCACCCUUGGUGAUAGCAAGAGGCACGUGAUGAGUGGGAAGGUGUCAGUCUUUCACGGUGAAUUUGGCAGCUUCCUGUUAGGCUGCUUUGAGGACUUGUGUUCUGAAGCGAGAGUGGUAUUCAUCGCCGCAGUGCCAAUGGACAUCUAAGGCUGGCUUCAACUACGUCGAGGCAGGACCUCGGUGUGACUUAUCAUCAGCGUAAAUUGAAAUGCGAACAGGCUUAAGUAUUCUAGAGCAGGUUUUGCGCACAAUAAUAUGGAUGUGCACUGUUGGUAUUUCUGUAGCUGCAUUUGCUUAAUGUUGGUUUCCUUAGCAAUGCAUUCGGAGAACAGAUGACACUGUUAUUCCUCGUGCAGGCGAACGUAGACGUAAGAGCGCAUGUUCCAGUCUGGUCUGAUUUGUUCGCAUUUGAAAUUACGUUGGUGGUACAUGUUGGUGAGAAGUGUGUCAUUUGCCUGCUUAUUGAAGCAUGACUGUGAAAUGGGGUUGCACUAUAUAUAUAUAUAUAUAU